UCCUGCGGUCUCCUGGGGGCGGGGCACCACUGGCCCCGCCCCGCUCCCAGAUUUCUCGCUCUUGGAAGGCGCCGGCUGCGACUCUGGGAUUUGGCCAGAGUUGGCUGCUGCCCUCCAGUCAGUCCCUCGACGGUCUUUAGUGGAGAUGGAGGGCGCCCAGGAGAACCCCGCAGAGUCUAACUCCUCCGUCCUCAGGUCCGAAGAGCCUGCCAGGGGCCCCGAGGUGUUGCCUCCGGAAGAGUCGGAGGGCUGCGCUCGUUCCCUGGAGGCGGCCCCCAAGAAACUCUGUGGUUAUUUAAGUAAAUUUGGCGGCAAAGGGCCCAUCCGGGGCUGGAAGUCCCGCUGGUUUUUCUACGACGAGAAGAAACGUCGCCUGUAUUAUUCACGGACCGCGCAGGAUGCCAAUCCCUUGGACAGCAUCGACCUUUCCAGUGCGGUCUUUGACUGCAAGGCAGAUGCCGAGGAGGGGACUUUUGAAAUCAAGACUCCCAGCCGGAUUAUUACCCUGAAGGCCGCCACAAAGCAAGUGAUGCUGUAUUGGCUGCAGCAGCUGCAGAUGAAGCGCUGGGAGCUCCACAACAGCCCGCCUGCACCUCCCGCCGUCCCUGAUGCCACCCUGGCUGGGAAUGGGCCUGCCCUGCGUCUCGAGCUAGAGCAAGAGGAAGCGGAGCUGGACGGGUUCCUGUGCCCUGUGCAAACACCCCCCGGGCUCGUGGGUGUGGCAGCCGCCUCGCAGCCGGCACCUGCCGUGCCCUCCGCCCUUCAGAAUAUUUCUCUCAAGCAUCUGGGAACUGAAAUACAAAACACGAUGUACAAUAUUCGGGGCAACAGGCAGGCCCAAGGAACGGGCCACGGACCUCCAGGGGAAGAGUCUCCACUGAGUGAGGAACCUCAGAGGGCAGAGCAGCCUUUACCCUCUGACCCCAGCACCCCAGAUGCAGCGGAUUCUCCAAAGCCUAUACCCAAGUCUUCUCUGACCGCCAACCUCAUUCAGAAAGCCAAGCGCCAGCACAACACCUUCCCACUCUUUGCCGAAGGCCUCACACGAAGCCGAACCGCCCAGGAAAAAGCGGUGGCCUUGGAGCAGCAGGUUCUGGUGCUCACCAAGGAGCUCAAGUCUCAGAAGGAGCUGGUGAGGAUCCUGCACAAGGCGCUAGAAGCUGCCCAGCAGGAGAAGAGGGCGUCCAGCGCGUACCUGGCAGGUGAGGACAAGGACCGGCUGGAACUGGUGCGGCACCAAGUGCGGCAGAUCGCAGAGCUGGGCAGGCGGCUGGAGGCCCUGGAGCAGGAGCGGGAGAGCCUGGCCCAGACGGCGAGCCUGCAGGAGCAGCAGGUGCAGGAGCUGCAGCGGCACGUGCAGCUGCUCAUGGACAAGAACCAGGCCAAACAGCAGGUCAUCUGCAAGCUCUCCGAGCAGGUCACCCAGAACUUCAUGCAUCCGCCUCCCCGGCCCUCUGUGCCCCCGGGGCCUGGCGACAAAGGCUUCCUGAGCCAGCAGGAGAAGAUGGAGCACCUGAAGGAUGACAUAGAAGCGUACCGGACCCAGAAUGGCUUCCUCAACUCCGAGAUCCACCAAGUCACAAAGAUCUGGAGAAGGGUGGCUGAGAAGGAGAGGGCCCUCCUGAUGAAGUGCGCCUACCUCCAAGCCAAGAACUGCCAGGUAGAAAGCAAGUACCUGGCAGGGCUGCGGAGGCUGCAGGAGGCCAUGGGCGGCGAGGCCAGCGAGUGCGCCGAGCUGCUGAGGCAGCUCACCCAGGAGGCGCUGCAGUGGGAAGCCAGGGAGGCGUCGGCCGAAGACGCGGAGCUGAGCCCCGUCAGCGAGUAUGACGAGUAUGGCUUCCUGACGGUGCCCAACUACGAGGUGGAAGACCUGAAGCUGCUGGCCAAGAUCCAGGCACUAGAGGUGCACUCCCACCACCUGCUGGCCCACGAGGCUGUGGAGCGGCCGCUGCGGGAGCGGUGGGCCGCCCUGGGCGAGCUCACACCCUCGGUCGAGCUGAAGCAGCUGCUGCGGGCAGGUGUGCCCCGAGAGCACCGGCCGCGUGUCUGGAGGUGGCUGGUCCACCUCCGCGUCCAGCACCUGUGGAGCCCCGGCCGCUACCAGGAGCUGCUGAGCCGGGGUCAGGUUCAUGAACACCCCGCGGCCCGCCAAAUUGAGCUGGACCUGAACCGUACCUUCCCCAACAACAAGCACUUCACCUGCCCCAGCUCCAGCUUCCCCGACAAGCUACGCCGGGUGCUGCUGGCCUUCUCCUGGCAAAACCCCACCAUCGGCUACUGCCAGGGCCUGAACAGGCUAGCGGCCAUUGCUCUGCUGGUCCUGGAGGAAGAGGAGUGUGCCUUCUGGUGCCUGGUGGCCAUUGUGGAGACCAUCAUGCCGGCUGACUACUAUAGCAAGACGCUCACAUCAUCCCAGGCGGACCAGCGGGUGCUCCAGGACCUCCUUUUGGAGAAGCUGCCCAGGCUGAUGGCUCACCUGGCACAGCACCGCGUGGACCUCUCCUUCAUCACCUUCAACUGGUUCCUCGUGGUCUUUGCGGACAGUCUCAUCAGCAACAUCCUUCUCCGGGUCUGGGACGCCUUCCUGUACGAGGGCACCAAGGUGAUAUUCCGCUACGCCUUGGCCAUUUUCAAGUACAACGAGGAGGAGAUCCUGCGGCUGCAUGAUGGCCUGGAGAUCUACCAGUACCUGCGCCUCUUCACCAAGACCAUUUGCAACAGCCAGAAGCUGAUAAACAUCGCCUUCAACGACAUGAACCCUUUUCCUAUGAAGCAGCUGCGGCAGCUGCGGACGGCCCACCGGGAGCGGCUGGAGGCUGAGCUGCGCGAACUGGAGCGGCUGAAAGCCGAGUACUUGGAGACCCGGAACUCGCAAGCCCCAGCGGUGCCUGAGGGUUGCGCCAGUGAGGACGAGGGGGAGGGGGAGGCCUGACUUGGCCACCUGCUCUCCCCAAAGCUCCUUCUCCCCCUUGACUGGCAGGCCCCCGGGAGGAUGGCCGUGGAGCAGCGGCCCAGCCCGCGAGCCCCAUCACUGUGCGAUGCUGGGCAAGUCCCUUCCCCUCUCUGGGGCUCGGUCUCCCCAUCAGAACAUUGUCUGCGGUGAAGCCUUUGGUUGGGUCAUGCCCUCAUGAGCGCAUACCCAGGGGUGCCACCCCUUUCUCCUCUUCCACAGAGCACUUUAGCACACAGACAAGCAAGAAUGCUGUCUUAUAGGGUAACCUUGAAUGUUCUUUAAGUUUUGUCUGUAUAAAACAAUAUAAAUAUUAGAAACAGUUAA